AUGGCACCGAACCUGUGGGCAUCCUAUGCAGAGCGCGAUGGAGUCGAUCCAAGUUUCCCGCGCGGAUUUGACCUUGCGCGGCGGACUUCUGUUUCUGCAGAGUCCAUGUCCUCGGCUGUGAUGGAGCGUGGAGAGUCCAUGACACGGAGUAAAAGUCAAGUCCCCAAGACAGAGAAUCAGGAAGCGCGCUUGCGUGCGGCCGUGUUGGAAAACUUCAUCUUUCGCAGCCUGGAGCCAGAGCAGUACCAAGUCGCUUUGCAGGCGAUGGACGAGGAGCACCACGAGGCCGGCGAUAUUGUGAUCAAGCAAGGCGACCAGGGCCAGUAUUUUUACAUUGUCGAGCGCGGUAAUCUGGACGUGUACAUGCAGCCCCCCCACAUGUCAGCCGCAGAAGCACUUGCAGCACCCGCGGACCAGCUCGGCAAAAAGGUGUUGAGUUACGGGCCAGGUGCGACGUUUGGCGAGCUUGCGCUGAUGUAUAUGCAGCCGCGCGCCGCGUCGGUUGUGAUGACAACGCCCGGUACGUUGUGGAAGCUUGAUCGCAUCGCCUUUCGAACGAUUCUUACGGAGCUUAACAUGGACCGGCGCAUGAUGCUCAAAUCGUUCUUGAAGCAGGUGCCGCUCUUGCAGCAUUUGAGCGAUGCCGAGCGGCUGCGAAUCUUGGACGCAAUCGAAAUCCGCGACUACAAAUCCGACGAAGUGAUUGUGCGUGAGGGCGAUAUUGGCACGCAUUUCUACGUAAUCGUGAAUGGGCUCGCCGAGGUGCACAAAGCCAACGACGCGGGACAGCCGCUGACCAUGCUCCGCCGUGGCGACUACUUUGGCGAGCUUGCGCUGAUGCGGAGUGAACCGCGAGCUGCGACUGUGAUUGUGUCGGAGCUGUCGCCGAACAAGGUAUUGCGUGUUGCAACGCUCGAGGAGAAUGCAUUUACGCGACUGCUUGGGCCGCUAACAGGAAUCAUGGCGCGCUAUGCAGAGACGCAUUACGGAGGCCCCGAAGACGAUGUUGCGGCUCAGCGUGCUCAGCUGCAUUUGCCCCUGACGGAACACAGGCCCGGAUCGCCGCGCUCGUAG